AUGUUGAAAUCUUUUAUAUUGUUACUAUUUGUGGCUUAUGUCCAGCCAUUAAAUGACAACCACCACCCCAGUGUGUUGCCUCAACCACAGUCGUCAAUUUUCACAUCUCAAGUCAUCAAUUAUCAAAAUGGCAAUACACCAAGACAACAAUUUCAAAACGGGGAUGACAUGUUUCAUUUGCUUCUUGUUGAGCAAACAUCUGAAGGUAGUUUGAGAGCCAAACCCUCGCAGAAUGAUGAAUUCCAGGCCCAAGGAACAAAAAAGGAAAAGAAAGUGAGUACUCCUAAAUGGCGUCUAGGUGCUGGUGCAUUUUUGAACAAGGAAAUCGACGAAGGAUCAACUGAAAAGGAAACCACCUUUAUACCUACCAAAAUCGGAGCGAAAUUAACUGAUUCGGAUUCGGAUUCUGAGUCGGACUCUGACUGUGACUCGUCAUCAGAAAGCGAUCGCAAGAAGAAGAAAAAGACGUUCAAGUUGUUUAGCUUGGACAAUGUGAAUGCAGUCGAUGAAGAGGACCAGGAAGCUGUUGCUACCGACGAAAAGAACCAGAAAAUGGUUGUCGAAAAUACAGUCAAUUUGGAAAAUACUACCUUUGAAAAGCUAAUGAGACUGUUUUACAUCUUGCUAUUGAUGGCAUUAGCCAUGUUCAUUAAUGGAAAACCCGUAUUGACCUACUCCAGCGCAACCAACUUGAUCCAAACAAACAUGUCCGGAGAAAAUGACUUAACGUAUCAAAUUUACAAUAUCACCACUUUGGAAAACAUCUUGAUGCACACCAACACGUCAAACCCCGAGGUUAAAGCUUUGAUUAAAAAGAAAAAGAAAUUGAUCCCCAAAUGGCAGUACAAUGCAGGAAUAUAUGUUGAAAAGAAAGUUAACAAGAAACUAUUGAAAAAAGCAGGAAAGGGUGGAUUUGCACUCAUGUCUAGUGACGGUGGCGAUAGUACUUACGCCAUUAUUGGGGAUAACGAGAUUGAUAAUGAAAACGUUUUCCAUAUCCCCAGUUCUUUUGUCGUUGCAAGAGCCAGUCCAAAUACCCACUCAUUAUUUGCCGAGAAUGCAACAGAAUAUGUCUCUAUCCAAUAUGAAAUGGACACCAAUAGUUCCCAAUUUCAAGGUACUUCAGAUGGUCAAAGCAGCAUCAGUUAUGAUGAAGAUUAUGAGGAAAGUUGUAGUAAUAGGUUUGCUUAUAACCCACAGAUGUGUAUUUGGGCAGUAUUGCUGGUUGCUUUCUGUUUAUUAUAA